AUGUCUGAACAAGGUGCUAUUAUCCCAGUUGCUACUUACAGCCUUGCGUUGAAGCCAUUUGACCCAACCCCGGCCAUUGCUGAAGCUUACCCAAUGUCAAUCACCGUCACCAUGGCUGCUUUGGACCCAGAAGCUGUUGAUGAUGAUGAUGAGCCAUCUACUUUACGUAUCAUGAAGAAGAAGUUCGAUGCUGAUGAUUACGAAUACGAUUCUGAACUCGACUCAGAAGAAGAUGAAUUGGAUGAAGAAUCCUCUGAAGAAGAAGAAGAAGAAGAAGAAGAAGAAGAAGAAAAGCCAAAGAAAUCUUCAAAGGCUAAGAACAUCAAGGUUGAAAAGGGUAAAGAAAACGCCGAAGAUGAAAGUGCCGAAGAAGAAGAAGGUGUUGAUGAAGAAGAAGAAGAAGAUAUUGAAACAUUUGUCGUUUGUACUUUGAGCCCAAAGACCCAAUACCAACAAACUUUGGAACUUACCAUCAACCCAUUCGAAGAAGUUUACUUCUUUGUUACUGGCUCUUACCCAAUUCACUUGACUGGUAACUACAUCACUCACCCAUACGAUUCUGAAGAUGAUGAAUCUGAUGAAGACUACGAUGAUUUGAUGGAAGACGAUUACGAUGAUGAAGAAUAUGACUUGACUCCAGAUGAAGAUGAAAUCAUUGACUUGUCAGAAGGAAAGAUCAUGGAAAUUGAAGAAGAAGUUGAAGAAAAAAAGGAAGAACCAAAGCCUGAAGCAAAGAAGUCCAAGAAGGAAAAGAAGAAGGAAAACAAAAAGAGAGCCGCUGAAGAAGAAAAGGAAGAACCAAAAGAAAAGCCAGCCAAGAAAUCUAAAAAGGAAUCUAAGGAAGUGAAAUUCAACAAGGAUUUGGAACAAGGCCCAUCAGGCUCUGAAAAGAAGGUCGUCAAGCAAACCUUGUCUGCUGGUGUUGUCGUCGAAGACAGAACCGUUGGUCAAGGUGCCAAGGCCAAGAGUGGUAACAGAGUUGGUGUCCGUUACGUUGGUAAGUUGAAGAACGGUAAGGUUUUCGACAAGAACGUCAAGGGCAAGCCAUUUUCUUUCAAGUUGGGCAAAGGUGAAGUUAUCCGCGGUUGGGAUCUCGGUAUCCAAGGUAUGGCUGUUGGUGGUGAAAGAAGAAUCAUCAUCCCAGCUGCUGCUGCCUACGGUUCCCAAGCUUUGCCAGGUAUUCCAGCUAACUCCGAAUUGACUUUUGACGUUAAGCUUCUUAACAUCAAAUAA